UUCCGAGCUCGACGCCAAUUAUUUCUUUGGCGUUAGUCGUCUCUCUGGCUGCCUCUCUCGGAAGAAAACCCCAGCACCAAGAUUGCGAUUGCUUCUCCUCGCGGGUAUUUUCGGCUGUGGGAUCACCGAGGUGAGCGGGUAAAAGCGAUACGUAUCUUGUAGAAGGUGGGAAUCUCUCUUCUAGGAGCUAUUCCUGUAGGCGGGGGCGGGGCGGCUCCUCGGAUCUUGGGCCGCGGAGGGAUUUGCUAAAUGAGAUCCGGUUGUGGAAGGUAGGAGGCGCAGAAAGAUGGGUGCUUGCUUGCGGGCUUUUGCGUUUUGGGUUGUGGUCUUUGGCUUCUUUGCGUCUGGUACUUCCGAUGACCCAGUCGAUCUUCGCCGAGCUUUUCCAAUAGUGGUGCCAGAUUCUGAGCAUACAAAACUUCGUCUUGCAAGGGAGGGUUUGGAGGCAAUUCAAAGAAUUACAACCCCUAUAGCUGCUGUUGCGGUCAUUGGUCCAUAUCGCUCAGGCAAAUCCUUUCUUCUCAACCAACUGCUUUCCCUGUCAUGUGAUGAAGGGUUUGGUGUAGGACAUAUGCGUGAUACUAAGACCAAAGGAAUAUGGGUUUGGGGAACACCUGUUGAAAUGGAUAUUAAUGGAGAAAAAAUAUCUGUCUUAUACCUAGAUACGGAAGGAUUUGAAAGUGUUGGGAAAUCAAAUGUUUAUGAUGAUAGGAUCUUUGCUCUGGCUACGAUUAUGAGCUCUGUGCUCAUUUAUAAUCUCCCUGAGACGAUUCGUGAGGCUGAUGUAUCUAGGUUAUCAUUUGCCAUUGAAAUUGCAGAAGAAUUUUAUGGAAGGGUCAAGGGGCAAGAUGUUGCUUUUGAGCCUGCUAAACUUUUGUGGCUUAUCCAACGAGAUUUCCUACAAGGAAAGUCAGUUCAAGAAAUGGUGAAUGAAGCCCUUCGGCAUGUACCAAAUAGCAGUGGUGACAAAAACAUUGAGCAGGUAAACCAAAUUCGGGAUUCAUUGGCGAUAAUGGGUGAUAAUAGCACAGCUUUUAGCUUGCCGCAGCCUCAUCUCCAAAGGACGAAACUCUGUGACUUGAACGACAGCGAACUGGAUCAAUUGUAUGUGAAAAAGAGGGAGCAAUUGAAACAACUUGUUACAUCAAUCAUUCGCCCGAAGAUUGUUAGGGGAAAACCUCAAAAUGGAAAUGAUUUUGUAGCUUUCCUGGAACAGAUUAUUGAAGCCUUGAAUAAAGGAGAAAUUCCAACCACAGGCUCUAUUGUCGAAGUAUUCAAUAAGGUGAUUCUUGAACGUUGCUUGAAAGUGUACAGCAAGCAAAUGGACAAUCUGCAACUACCAGUAGAAGAGAACAGGCUACAUGAGUUUCAUGAAGAAUCAAAAGUGGAAGCUAAAAAAUUGUUUGAUCACCAACAUUUUGGUCGGAAUCAUGCUGCACAAUCUGUUUUGAAACUUGAUUAUGAAAUACAAAAGGUUUUCAGAACAAUCCUUCUUACAAAUGAAUAUCAGUCAUCAAAAUUGUGUGAAUCGCGAUACACGCAGUGUGAGGAUAAAAUGGACCAUCUUCAAGUUAUGAGACUUCCUUCUAUGGCGAAAUUCAACGAUGGUUUUCUUCACUGCAAUCAAACUUUUGAGAGUGAGUGUGUUGGACCUUCAAAAGAAAUGUAUGAGCAGAAAAUGACGAAGAUGCUGGGUAAAGCUAGAUCGCUUUUCAUCAAAGAUUACAACCAGAGACUUUGCAACUGGUUGGUAACUUUCUCACUCAUCGUGGCAAUAGUGGGCCGGUUCAUCGUCAAGUUUAUUUUAUUCGAGAUUGCUGGUUGGGUGAUGUUCAUUUUCUUAGAGACAUACACAAGAAUGUUUUGGUCAUCAGAGUCGCUAUAUUACAAUCCUGCUUGGCACGUCAUCGUGUCUACUUGGGAAACUAUAGUGUAUAGUCCUAUUCUCGACUUGGACAGAUGGGCAAUUCCAAUUGGUAUAUUGCUACUUGCUCUAGUCCUGUAUUGGCGGUGUUUUGGUAGGAGGAAACAUGGAUCUGGUUCGUUGUUGCCGUUAUACAAUAGCCGUCACCGUAAAAGUGGUUCCAACCGUCCGAGAUCGGAUUAAACAAACACUCGGCUCAAACUUUAUACACAAGUUUCUUAUUGUGACAAAUCUCGGGUGCUUCGUGGUGCCUUUUUCAAAUAUAUCACAUUCUUUGAGGGCUUGCUAGAAGGAGAGGAUUAGAGGCCAUCCUAUUAACUUUACUAAGCUUUAUGCAGAUUGUUCAUUCUUUUAUUAUGAGGCAUCACGUUCUGCUUUGCUAGUUUGAAUCAGAAUUGCCAUUGCUAGUUGCUCCUCGUGAGGAUUUGUGACAGUAUCCACAGUUGUACCAAAGAAACUAGCAGAAAUAUUCAUUAGUUAUUAUGUCUGAGCGUCGUGUUUAUUCUAGUCGUCUCUGUGAGUGACUGUUGCUCGUAGACUGGAUGAUCAGAACAUCUCCAAUGUAAGUAAAUUAUCAUUGUGGAUACAAAUGGUCCGCUUUCUCAAA